AUGCCUAUGAACAUUCAAAAGAUCCAAACCUUUCAAUCUACUUUCAGAUGUUGUACUUCUUGGUUUAUCAGUAAACUAUCCACCCAAUCCUUAGGUAUGGGAUCUCUAUUAUGCAAUACCAUUCCAGGACUCAUGAAAAAUCAAAAGCACUUGUGCCAUAAUUACCCGGAAUCCAUGAUAAUCUUAAGAAACGGCCUAAAAAUGGGAGUCAGAGAGUGCCAAAAUCAAUUCCAUAAACAUAGAUGGAACUGUUCAAUGUUAGAUCAAAAUUCUUACUUUUUAGGGAAGUUUUUACUUAAGGGCACAAGAGAGACGGCAUUCUUGUAUUCCAUAUCAUCUGCCGGAAUCGCUUAUUCUCUCAUCCGAUCUUGUAGUAGAGGUGAAAUGAAGGGUUGCGCUUGCGACCCUCGCAAAAUCAAUGGCAAAGUGGACAUAGAUUAUACCGGACAAUUAUUCACUUGGGCUGGGUGUUCAGACAACAUAGAUUUUGGCUGCAAAUUUUCGAGAAUAUUCAUAGAUGCCAAGGAAAAGUUGCAACGAGAUGGCAGAGCACUCAUGAAUAUCCAUAACAACAAAGUUGGGAGGAAGGCAGUAAAAAAAGCCGUCAAGUUAGAAUGCAAAUGUCAUGGGAUGAGUGGUUCAUGCAAUAUACGCACUUGCUGGAGGUCAAUGAAUAAUUUCGCUGUCAUAGGCAAAUAUUUGAAAACGAAAUAUGACAAUGGGUAUCCCAUUAUGAUAAACCAAGAUGGCUCCUCUUUGAUAGCCAAAAGAGAUACCCGAAAACAACCAAAAAUGUCGGAUUUAGUAUAUUUAGAGGAUUCUCCUAGCUUUUGUCAACAAAAUCUACACGCAGGCUCCAUGGGAACUGCUGGAAGACCAUGUAAGAAAACUUCCUUAGGGCCCGACGGCUGCUUGUUACUAUGUUGCGGAAGAGGUUACGAUACUAGAUUAGUGAUGAAGAUUUAUAAGUGUCAUUGCAAAUUUCAGUGGUGUUGCAAAGUUAGGUGCAAGGAAUGCCGUAAAUGGACCGAAGAAUAUUUUUGUAAGGGUGAACCCAAAUUAGAAUGGAAUAGCAUUCAACAUUAUGUCAAUUAUUGA